ACUGUUCACGAUUACUCCCUCGGUUAUCGCGGGAACGAUGACGUUUCACGCCAUAUAUCUUAUUCCCUUAAUCCAACACGUGCUUAAUGUUCCUAAACCAUCGGGCAAUGUGUAAAACAUACUCAUGACUUACCAAAAAUCGGAUGAAACACGCACGAUAAAAAAAUUUUAGGUUACUGAGUCAGCCAUGAUUGCCUUGGUUCCGGGGCUACUCCCGUCAUGCAUCGCGCAACAACCACAGGUGAAAGGUUGUACUUCCGGGUCGCGAAAAACGUGGGUUGCAUGUUGUUGUCGUUCAGAACAACCAUGAGACUCCUGACACAUAACAUGCUGACUUCCCAUGUGAAAGGGGUCACCAAUGGGUAUCCACUAAAGCUACAGGCUGAAAACAUCAAGGUGAUGUCUGUGGACUUCAACCCUGAGUUUGUGGCAAGAAUGAUCCCCAAACUGGAGUGGCAGGCACUCGUCCAAGCAGCAGAGAGUAUUGGACAUCUUGGAGACUUGCCACGAGAGUUGAUGCCAGAGUAUGAAUCAAAUGAGGAGUUUCUGAAGAUGGCACAUCACGUUUUAAUGGAGGUGGAGGUUAUAGAGGGAAACCUGGAGUGUCCAGAGACUGGAAGAAAAUUCCCCAUCAAGAAUGGCAUUCCGAACAUGUUACUGAACGAAGAUGAAGUAUGAAGUCCAACUUAUCUCUUUCUUAUCCAAACUAUCGUUCACCAGAGACUUUUAAAAUAGUGUUGCAUAAAGCUUUGUAUUUUUCCAUGGCAUUGUAUACGAUUGGAGUAUGUUUACACAGCAGGAGGUCAUCAUUAAUGAGGCUAUGCUGGUUCUUGAAGUUAAAUUUAAAUUCAUUUAGAAGAAAACAUCUUGGAACCCAAGAAUUGAUGUACUCUUUACUUAUGAUGCUGCAGCCUCAAUCAAAUGUCAUUUAGAGACUGAAUGGGGGGCAGGAAAGUAUGAAACAAACAUAAGAAACAUGGCUUGAAGCAUUAAUUGUUGACUUUAGAUAUUAUACAGAAAGAUGAAGUUCAGUUGAUUGCGUAAACCUUCUGUUCAGUGGCAACUUUUUUUAAUAAGUUGCCACUGAACAUAGAAUUAGAUAAAAUUUCCUUUGUAGUGUGCGAGGGACAAUGAGCAUGACUGUAGUACCAUCUGCUGUUGGCACUUUAUUUUCCUUUUAACACUGUACAAUGGAGCUUUGUACACAAGAACCGACAUUUCCUAAUACAUGUAUAAAUGAAGUGAUGGUACUGUUUAAGGGGUUAUAUUUUAGUCUUGCCAACAGUUCUGUUGUAGAUCAGUAAACAUUACGCACUUGUGUAAGCCCAUGGGGGUUUGUGAUAAGUGGCAGUACAUGUAUUGUAUUCUUCAUAAUACUUUUGUCAUGUUUGGCAGAGGCAAACUUUCUGAAGUGCAUUAGAGAUAUAUUAACUGUUACUAACCAUUGUAAAAUUUCACUAGUAAGAUGCAAAAUACUAUUAUACAUAUCCACCUAUAUGCAUUUGGCUUUUGAAAAGUGCAUUAUUGAUAUACUAAUCAGAUGUUGUUUUAACUAAUUAAACAUUGCAUAAAAUUAAACAUUGUGGAAAACAUUCUGUAGUCUUACACAGCCUAUUUAUUCAGUACGUCAUUUUAAUGUGAUGAAUGUCUCAGCAUAGUUUCCCACUCAUCCUUGUAUACUCCAUCAUGGUGCUUACACAGUAUCUAGGCAUUUGUACAAAUUACAGCUCAGUUUUACAUGUACAUACAAUCAUUACUUCAGAAUCAGGAUAUGGGAAAUGCAAGGUUAAACCUUGGGAAAAUGUAAGAACACAUCAAUGCAUUUCCUUGUUUGUAAAUUUGUUGACACCUUGAAACACAAAAACAUCCAACACUAAAAGCAUAUCUGAUUUUCAGAUACAUAAUGAUUUUUUUUAUUGGGAGCCAUUUUGUUUCAAGAGAAACAAAGAAAUGCAUGGAUGAAAUCUCAUCAUUACUUAUCAUCUCUGUGGAAGUAGUCAUUCUAUGGAACAAAGAAACACCUUUUCACAUAGUUAUAAUACCUCCGGCAUACACCAUACCUUGGUAGUCUAUAUCAAUACAAAAUAAAGAGAAACAAGCAGCAAUAAAAAAUAUCCACUUGCCUGGC